UGUGGUUGCAAUGCCCCAGGAACAAACAAAGAUCAAUUGACACAUCAUUCUUAUUGUUUUCCAUUUUGACUUUCACUCUUUUGUGACUACACAUUAUAUAAGGUCCUGGAAACAGUCAUUUGUUGUACUGGUAAUCACUGCUUCAGCUCAGAAUGAAACACACCAUCAUUCUCGUGUUGGCAUGCAUGCUGCUCUGCAUUGCCGUCUCUUUUUCAGCAGCUCAUGGUCUGCAGUGCUUCACCUGUAAAGAUCCAGCAGACCCCACCUGCUCAGAACAAACCCUGGAGACCUGCAGUGAGGGACAAGUGUGUUCUACAAACACCAGCAGCACUCUGCAAUCCUCCGUUGGUAAUAUCAGAGGACGCAUCCAUUUUACCAUUUGGGAAGUUGACAUUGAUAUCCGCUGGGGAAAAGACCGUACAGCAACCGACCCCGAUGUUGGUUCAAACUCAAGUAUCAAUGAGAGGAUCGUGAAGGGAUGCAUGGAUGACCAUUUUUGUCAGUCAAGCCCCAAAAUAUCUUUGAAUAUCGGUUUCCAACAAUUCACUUCUUCAUGCUGCAACUCAUCUGGCUGCAACAGUGACACUUUCUCUGACGACCCCCACAAUGGACUUCAGUGUUUUUCUUGCACUGAUCCAGAAGAUGAAGUUUGUGAUCAGGCUGUGACCUGCCAGGGAGUUCAAGAUCACUGUCUUAAUGACACAGUGACAGCUAGUAAUGGUCGGUCUGUGACUCUUCGAGGCUGUGUCUCCAAGAGUAUGUGUGGUUCCGGUUCUGACUCCAGUUCUGACUCCGGUUCUGACUCUGGUUCUGUGUCCUGCUGUGAGGGAAGUCUCUGCAACAGAAACAUGCCUAUGAAUGCCGCUCAGCCUGUAGCACUUACAGUCCUCACUCUACUAGUUGGGAUAACAACCACCACACUUCUACAAUCCGUCAAUCAAUGAAUCUUGAUUGGGGGUUUAUUGAGGAUUUGCGUAUUUUCUCAUGAGGAUUGGCUAUGUGGGCAUCUGUGUUAAAAUUUAAACAAGAGUUGUUCAAUUUGAUCAAAACUCUUUGGUUAGUGUCGAUUGAUCUCAAAAAGUAUUUGUAUAGUUAAACAACCUUACAUUUAAAAAUAUGAAAUGAUACUCUGUGUUGUCCAAAGUGAAACAACCUUGUCACUUCCUGACCCAUUAGAGUACUGUGGGAUCUGUUGCUUGUUGCUCAUCAGCAGGCUGCUGAAUAUAACAAUUCUGACCAAAAAAAAGACUACUUGAUUGUGUUGGACAGAAACUCUUCUGAAAUGAUGCAUUUCAUUUAUUAAACUUGGAGGUUGUGUUGAGUGAAGAAAUGAUGGGUAAUCUAACUUUCCUUUAAUCUAGCCUAUUAGGCCAAUGCAUAAGGAUAACAUCUUCACUGUCUUCUUUUCUUGCUCUUUGCGGUUUAAGCCGGGUUACUGUAAAGCUCUUUGUGGUCUAAGCCGGGUUACUGUAAAGCUCUUUGUGGUCUAAGCCGGGUUACUGUAAAGCUCUUUGCGGUUUAAGCCGGGUUACUGUAAAGCU